AUGCGCUUCUCUGUGUCCAUGCUGUUUAUCGCCGUCACCGGCCUCACCGCCGGUGUAUCUGCUAUGCCCUCCACGAGGACACACGUCGUCCGCGUUCUCGCGGAGCCACUUUCCGAAGUGCGUCUCCUCUCUGCGCGCCAGAACGGCGACUGCACCUUCGCAGAUGGUAUCACCCCGCCCAUCUUGAACGGCCAGACUGGCUGCGGCGCACUCGGCAACGACGGUUUCGGCGAUUUCGUGUCGUCGCAACUCGUUCACUGCGAUAACGGCGUACCGACCAUCGUGCAGCAGUGCCCUCAGGGCAGCGGCUUCUUCAGCAUCCCCAAGUUCUGCGUCGCAGACUCGGCCGGGCAGAACCCUCAGUGCAAAUAG